GUCCUUGAUCACCUUUACUGUGCAUACCCCUUGAAACCCGUCUAAGGCAACCAAGAAUAUCAUCUGGUCGCCGGCGAAUGAACAACCUCUUUCAUUUUGGGUCUGAUCAUAUUGUCAUCACAGUAGAAUUCACCCCGGUUGACAGAUAUAUUCCGAAUUAGAUUGGACAAGAUUGGAUCAGUCUUCACUCCGUGUCGGCUCUUCAACAUGUGAAGAAGCCGCAUAUGUUCCUGGCUGGGUCGGCGGCACUACAUCGGAUCCAUUGGCCAUGUUCCCCGAUCCAGAGCUCUAUUGUUAUUAUUAUAUUACACGGUUGACUAAAAGAAUUUGUGCGAUGAUGCAUUCGUAUCCAUCACAUCAGUUACAGUACAAGGCCAAAAUAGGCCAUUUGCCUAUCUUCAGGGAUCUCUAAAGGCCUGAGAGUCCGUUGGCCUCCUUGCGACUCAUUGGAAUCCGACGGUGAUUCCAACCACGCAAAACAAGCGCCUACUAACAUCUAUGGGCGCUCAUUGUAGAAGGUGUGGUUGUCCCAACUUCUUACAAUCUCUCGCUUCUCAUCUGUCUCACGUAUGACGCGUGCCUCCUCCAUUUCUAUAAAGGCUCUAAGAAUUAGGGCCUGUCCGUUAACAAAAGAUGUCCCUGAAUGGUCCGAUAAUUCAUCGCGUUCGAAGCGUAGCCGAUUGGCCUUCUCAGGUCCGACAAUUGGCUCGUGGCCUUCAUCGUCCUCUACCCCGCUUCGCCACAGAUUCACACAACCCACAUGUCUCUUUUUUGGCUCGGGAUGCUCUUCUUGAAUUGCAAUCCGAACCGUCACUCCUUCCCGAAAAGUAUACUUGCUCCUCGGAGGAGUUUGCAGGUAGAAUGGACCUUAGCGGUGUUUUAGACACCGUUCUGACGAUUGUCUCCUUGAUGCGGGACCUUAUCCCGGAUGAGAUGGAACCUGUCUACACUCAUCCCCUUUUGUAUACUCUUGUGCACGAGUUGUUGCAUGCUCAUCAAUUGGACUUGUUGCGUACCUCCGCCUAUGAAUCUUUCAUUCUUCCUCGUAUCAGAACUGAAGGAAUGGAAGCUUCGGAGGCUGACUUCGUAGGCUCUUCUAUCAUCCUUGCGUCCUACGUGAUGUCAGCACGGCACAUUUCUGCCCUGAGAGGAGGCGAAUGCAAUAGUGUUUCCGGGUCGAUAGCGGACAAGAGUACUUAUCAUAGCGCCGAAAAGGAAGGUAUCGCGAAAGACUUGCGUUACCAGAAGAGUGGCGCACCCGCUGUCCAGGAUAUGGACCCUAGCUUAUCUGAUCGGCGUGCAAUUGUCAGGGCCAACUUCAGCGAUCGGGACUCCGAAAUGGAUGUCGACGAGGAAUCUGAAGUACAAGAAUUAUUUUCUGCGGGAGACACCAAAUUAAGCGAGAUUACGGAAUAUCGUCAGCCAGAUGAAGUCAACCUGCCCUUGGAUGCCCACGUUGUUCAGGGUGAAGGCCCAAGAUAUUAUGCUGCCCUUCCGCUACUCUUGCUCGCGGAUCACGACAACAUUUCUGCGCUUAUGACCAGCGUCCUAUUCCAAAGAUACAUGUGGGGUAUCGAGGCGACUCCGGUUGUUGGCAUUUGUGUCUCCCAUUCAGGAAUGAUGUGCCAGGUAGUCCUGGGUUGGAUUGCUAAGGAGAAUGCUUCAGACAAUAGUACUCAGAUUGUCCCGCAUCUUGCUAUCCCCGAGGACGAUAUCCUACCGUCACCUUCGAUGGGAUUAUAUGAUUUAACCGACCCUCGCUCUGCAUGUGCUUUCGCUCAAUUUUUACUUGGCCUGAGGCAUCAUUUCGAAACCGUAAUAUCAACGGCUUCCAAACUUUCUUUUCAGAUGCUAUGUUGGCGAUCUGACCAUGGAAAUACGUGUCCCGAUAGGGUAUCAAGCGGUGAAGAUCUUAGAAGCGGAAUAGAGCGUUGGCUACAGAGUGACACUGCCUUGGCUGAUGUAGAGCUCAAUAUUGCGCAACCUAUUGACAACAACAAUCACACCUGUAGUACUGCUCCCACCCACCUCAUCAUGGCUCCUAAACGUUCAGAGACUCAACCUCCCAAGGCCCCUGGAAGCCGAGCUGGCAGUCGAGCUGGCAGUCGAGCUGGCAGUCGCGCUGGCAGUCGCGCUGGUAGUCGCGCUCCAAGCAGGUCCUCCAACCGACCUGAAAGCCGGCUAGGCUCACGGCCCGCUAGUGCUACUCCAAGUGAUGUAGGACGUCCGUCCUCCCAGCUCGGGCUGCGAAGUGAAGCUGGAGAAUCACAGUCUGCAGCAGGAUCCAAAAGAUCACACAAAUCCAGUGCUGAGGUCGCGCGAACAAACAAUACACCAUGGAAUAGUUCCAGAUUGUCGCACGCGACGUGGGCACUAGAUCGUUGGGCAUUCACUGUUCCCAGGAUCCCGGCAUUGGCCAACUCGGUGACGUCCCCAUAUAUGAAGCUUAUCGAGGAAAUGUCAGAGGACUAUGCUAAGCUCGUCAAACCUAUUGCAUUCGAAGGCGUAUGGGGUACCGACGAGAAGUACAAACACAUCCGAGCUGAUCGUGUUGUAGAACAUGUGUUGCAGUUUUUCCUCGACAAUCUUUCUGGACGAACUGUGACGGAACAUCCGACACCGGACGACGACGCAAAUGCUUCUCCCAUGAGGCAGCCUAAACCAGCACCUGCGGAAAGUCAGAAGCCCAAAGAUAAAUCAAACGUUCCCAGUAUUCAGGCGAAGGAGGAACCUCUCCGUCCCCGAAAGCAAUUCGACGACGAAGAUAAGGAGUUUGAGAGUGAUCAUGAGGCUCUAGAAAUUAUCGAAGAAAGGAUUUCGACCUUGAUGCAUGUGCUGGACACAGCGCUUGACAUGUGCAUUGAUGCUACGGAGUUCCGUCGCCCGAUUUAUGAAGCUGAGGCUCGAAUCCUCUGGGAUUUGCUUCUUCGUCUGUUUCAUGUUCAGAAGGGUGAGACGCAUUCCCAUGCAUAUUUACCGGAAAGGAAGCUAGCCUACCCCAGGAACGCUGCUUUGGACACUGUCUUGCAGUCGAAAGAAGAUUUCGGUGCCAUGAUUCGCGCGAUCCGAGAGCACUCACGCGUGCUCUCAGAUCUCACAUAUAGGCUCAAUUUCCUUGAUGUAAUUGAUGGCGUUACGUGGAAUGAACUUUUGAACCUGAGAAACAGGUUCACCGCCAUUUCUGAUCAGGGACAAGCCCUUCCCCCGUUUAAUGGCAAAGACAUGACCACGGCAAUCGAUAUAAUUGCUGACCGCGCUUUCAAGGAACCGCUGAUUGGGAUCUGUGAUGCUAUGUUCGCGUUCCGACAUCAAGGACCGAUGAACGCAUAUCUCGAAGCUCUCACCGGCAACAAUAUAGAGCAGGAAGAUGUCAAGCAGCACCUCUACCGUUCCCAACUCGUCCAGAUGUCAGACGAGGCCCGGAAGUCUGUUGCUCCUAUAGAGGCUCAGGAGUCUUUGGCACCCACUUUGAAACAGCGGCUGAUAGUAGACAUGUCGCAAGCAGCACUACAUCGCCAGGUUCAGAGAAUCCGAAAAGAGGAUAGAGUGGAAGAUACCAGCAAUAGUGGAAUUGAAGCAGGAGCGAUUGAAUCUAGCUCUGCGACCGUUGACCACGUUGACGACUUGGCGGAAGAACUUAGCGAUAUGAUGCUCCCCCUUUUCGUCGUGGAGAACAAAAGGGACCGCGUCAAUACUACUCCCUUUCAGGCAUUGAAUCAAUGCCGCCAGUAUUGCAUUGCGGCUGUCUGUUUUCUGGAGGCCGUAGGAAUCAGUACCAAAGAUUAUCCAGUAUUUGGUCUGUACACUAUCGGUUGGAAGGGAUACCUCAUCAUGGCUCGCCAGGUAGAGAUAUCUGAGACCAACAAGCCCAUCUUUGUCAUGGAUCGCGUACCAGAGAAAUUCGACCUUACAAUCCCUACCGAUCUGCUCGAUUUCUGUGUUGUUUUGAUUCGACUUCGUCGCAAUCAGGAGAAACUAAAGAAUGCAUUGGAUUCCAAGGGGCUUUCGCUGGACUUUGAGAGAUUUCGUGACUGGACUAUCAAAGCUCAGAAAGAAAGUGACUCGGCAGACCUGGCCAAUGCAUUUGAAGCGGCUGAAGAAAGAUCCAAAGCUAAGAAGGAGACCGCUAAAACUGGAGACAAGGAACAUGACCAGGAAGACCAGAAGAAUGACGGGGUGGAGGAGGAACAAGACGCCAUAUGACGGCUUCAAACUGAGGAGGCAAAUGAUACCCAAGGAUCCCACCUACAUCCCAAUGGAGACAGCAGGCGAUAAUGUAUCGUUUAACAUGGAGCGCAGCCCUCGGGACAAUAAAUUGGAAAGAAAAAGAAAAAGAAAACAGGCGGUAACGGCAACUUCUCUUAUGCUAACAGUUCGAUGAUUUUGAUUACUUGAGACUUCGUUCACUCGAGUUUCUUCUUGAUGAUUCAUUACUACCAAGGGAUUGACUUCUUGGAAUAUGUAACAGAUUGUAACCCCGACUGAAUAAACUUGACUUCUUGUACGCACAUAUGCAAUCACUUACAACCGAGUAGAGGGUCACUACUUAGAAGGUUCUGUUAUGUCGCCAGCAAAGUGCCCACAGCCCACUCGUAAACGCCUAAGAAUACAGCCCCUCCUGCUGAUAUCCAUAAUGUCCGAGGAACAACGCCAGCAAAUAGGGCUUUAACACCCUCAGUAACAU